AUGGAUAUUAUUGGUGAGCUACACAAGACACAAGGAGUUGACAGUUUUGUGAAAGCUGAGGCUCACACACAUAUUUUAGGAUGGUCAACAUCGCUUCACUUUCUUCAAUUCCAACAACUCAAAAUCCCACCACAUAACAAUGUCCUGCCACAGGCAUGUCGCGUUCUGCUCAUUGCCUGUAGUUCAGGCUUUCGUCUAUCUGCCGCCGAGCCGGAUUUCCAGGCCACACACCACCGUCGUAAAGUCCCCUGGACGGGAGCCUUCGUUGGAGAGAUCCGACGUGGCCUCAAAGCUUGCCGAAUAAUCGCGUGCUUUGUCGUGUUUUGGCUCUGCUACAACCAGACGUCGAACAACUUCGUCUCACAGGCUGGUCAGAUGGAGCAAAACGGUAUUUCCAACGAUACGAUACAAGCCCUGAAUCCGAUCGCUUGCAUAGUAAUGGCGCCCCUGAUCCAAGGUAUGUUCCCGCGCCUUCGCCGCCGCGGCUUCACUUGUGGACCCAUGAUGCGGAUGACACUGGGCUUCCUCUUCGUCGCGGCUGGCCUCGCCUACGCGGUCGGCCUCCAAAGUCUGAUAUAUUCGCGGCCUCCCUGUUUCGACCACCCGCUGGAAUGCUCCACCGCUAUUGUAGUCGACCAGCAAGAUGGCGACGGCGGCUCUCGGGCUCGCCCCAACGAGAUCAGCGUGUGGUUCCAGACACCGCUUCAUUUCCUGCUUGCCAUCGGUGAGAUAUUAGACCUGGUCUCUCUCAGUGAGUACACCUACACUGAGGCCCCCGCCAACAUUAAGGCCGUCGUGCAGGCCCUUCAGCAGUUAGCGGCCGCUGUCGCGGCUGCGUUGGGUAUGACGCUGGGGCCUGUGUCCCGUGACCCAAAACUAGUGGUCAUGUAUGCAAGUCUUGCGGGCAUUAUGGCCGUGAGUUCUGUGCCAUUUUGGUUGGUUUUCGCCAAGUAUGAUACCCUGUACGAGAUUCAGGGUGUCAAGUCUUCCGGGUCCAGUGAGAGCGAGGGGGUUGUGGUGUCGACAGGAUAG